UUGCUUUUCAACAAAAAAAAAAGAGUUAACUCAGGCUGAAACUGAAACGGGGCAGGACUCGUAAAAAGAAAAGCCACACCAGGCUCUCAUUCUCCUUCAUUCUCGCAGUUUCCUGCUCAAGGAGGCCAUUUUGUACAACCUGGAGUUUAGAACAACAAACCUUUGGAUUUUUAGUCUUUUUCUCUUUCUUCUGAGUGUUUCCUGCAAAAGUUGACAGUUUCCCCUGCAGAACUACUUCUUUGCCAGAGAAGAGGUGGAGUGAAGGACAGGACAGGAAAGGUAGGAGGGUAGCAGUCUUUCUCAUUCUGCCACUCUUUUAUGAGGCUCUCACAUACAUUGCAAACCCUAGCUCUACCGGCGUCAUUAAAGAAGCGUGACAACGAUCACAAAAAGCAAGAGGUCCAAGGGAAGUAAAGAGAGGCCUUCCUGGAUACAGAUAUUUUCUGAACUUCUCUGUCAGGGGACAGAAACAGGACAGUGAAGAGCCUCACGACUCCUUGCGGCAGUCGGAUUGUGUAUGUGUGUGUGUGCGCGUGUCUACACCCUCACACUUGCUGUCUUGACAGAGCUUGAGCUUGUGUCUGUGUGUGUGUGUGUGUGUGUGUGUGUUGAGGUCCAGGCAGGCCGGUGUGCAGUGAGCGAUGGCCAACGCCAGCCCCUGCCUGCCCGCGGGACCCAUGUCCCAGGUCUUCUUCCCUCCGGGGGGCCCAUCUCCCCCGAGCUCCGUGGUGAUACAGCCGGGCCCCCCCAUGGCAGUGCCGGCCACCCCCGUGUACGGCGGCUUCCCCCCUGUAGACCUGGGGGUCGGGCCGGGCCCGGUGGGUGCUGCCAUGUCCCCGGUACCGCCCACCCCGGCGGGCGUCUCCUUCAUCAUCCAGAUCGGCCUGAGCAGGGAGUCCGUGCUGCUGCCCCAGAACUACGACCUGGCCUACGUCAAGCAGAUGGCCUGCUCCAUCGUCGACACUAAGUUCCCAGAGUGUGGCUUCUAUGGCAUAUAUGACAAGAUCCUGCUGUUUAAACAUGACACAGGCACUCACAACAUCCUGCAGCUGGUCAAGUCAGCCCAGGACAUCCAGGAAGGAGACCUGGUGGAAGUGGUUCUCUCUGCGGCGGCCACCUUUGAGGAUUUCCAGAUCCGGCCUCACGCCCUUAACGUGCACUCGUAUCGCGCGCCUGCCUUCUGUGACCAUUGUGGAGAGAUGCUGUUUGGGCUGGUCAGGCAGGGCCUGAAAUGUGACGGUUGUGGACUGAACUACCACAAGCGCUGUGCCUUUAGCAUCCCAAACAACUGCAGUGGGGCUCGCAAACGUCGCCUGUCCAGUAGCCAGUCGCUACGUCUGUCCACCACCGAUUCCUUGAGCAGUGUGGGGACUGUCUCAGUCAGCACCUGCAAUGAGGAAGCCAGUCUGGUCCGCUCUCACACCACCCAGAUGGUCCCUAACUCCACCUGUACCGCAUCAACAUCUUUGGGCUUAUCCAGCAGCUCCUCCAUCACCAGACCCAUGGUCCGUGCUAACACUCAGAUGGUAUUUCAUCAACAGUAUCUUCCUUGGCCGCGGACCCCCAGUGAGGCGCGGCGGUUCUACACAGGACGACCUGUGCACCUGGACAAGAUCCUGAUGAGCAAGGUCAAGGUGCCGCACACGUUCGCCGUGCACUCAUACACGCGCCCCACUGUGUGUCAGUACUGCAAGAGACUGCUUCGGGGACUCUUCAGACAGGGGCUGCAGUGCAAAGACUGCAAGUUCAACUGCCACAAGCGCUGUGCGUACAAGGUUCCCAAUGACUGCCUGGGGGAGACGCUGGGAGACAGCAGAAGCGACAUGUUGAGUCCCAGUGUGGACACAGAGGUGCCCAUGGACUACAGCAGUGAGUACGCCGACUCAGACAAGUCUUCUGUGAUGGACGAUUCGGACGAGUCCUGCAGCAUCCCAGGUUCAUUCUCCCCUGAGAGCAGCCAGGACGGGACCAGUGGGGACCAGAGUGCCCUCUUCAUCCCGUUGAUGAGGGUGGUUCAGUCAAUGAGGCAGACCACCCGGCGGUCCAGUACGUCCAUCAAAGAGGGUUGGAUGGUUCACUACAGCAACAAGGACACCCUGAGAAAACGGCACUACUGGCGCCUGGACUGCAAGUGCAUCAUUUUGUUCCAGAACAACACCACCAACAAGUACUAUAAGGAGAUCCCUUUGUCUGAGGUUCUGGAGGUACGCCCCGCCGGUGACUUCAGCCUGGUUCCCCCAGGCACCAGCCCCCACUGCUUUGAGAUCAUCACAGGGACCAUGUGCUACUUCGUAGGAGAGGACCCCAACAUCCCAAUUCUGCCCCCCACCACCCCCCAGUCUUUCCCCCCAACACCUCCUUUGCCAAACAACGUGGCUCCCAAUAGCGGAGUGGGGCGGGAGGUGGCAAAAGCAUGGGAGAGUGCCAUUCGCCAGGCCCUCAUGCCAGUCAUUUUCCAGGAUGCACCACCGGCAGAAGGGCACACCCCUCACAGACAGGCAUCUGUCAGCAUCUCAGUGUCCAACAGUGUGAUUCAGGAGAAUGUGGACAUUGGCAUGGUCUACCAGAUCUUUGCAGAUGAAGUUUUGGGUUCUGGACAGUUUGGAGUGGUGUAUGGGGGGAAACACAGGAAGACUGGUCGUGAUGUUGCAGUGAAGGUGAUCGACAAGCUGCGCUUUCCCACCAAACAAGAGAGUCAGCUGAGGAACGAGGUGGCAAUACUGCAGAGUCUACGUCACCUCGGCAUAGUCAAUCUGGAGUGUAUGUUUGAGACUCCAGAAAAGGUGUUUGUGGUGAUGGAGAAGCUUCACGGAGACAUGCUGGAGAUGAUUCUGUCCAGUGAGAAAGGCAGGCUUCCAGAGAGGCUUACCAAGUUCCUUAUCACCCAGAUCCUGGCAGCCUUGAGGCACUUGCACUUUAAGAACAUCGUCCACUGUGACCUGAAGCCUGAGAAUGUCCUCCUGGCCUCUGCCGAACCCUUCCCACAGGUAAAGCUUUGUGAUUUUGGCUUUGCCCGUAUCAUUGGGGAGAAGUCGUUUCGGCGUUCCGUGGUGGGAACCCCGGCCUACCUGGCCCCGGAGGUUCUCCUCAACCAGGGCUACAACCGCUCUCUGGACAUGUGGUCUGUAGGGGUAAUCAUGUACGUCAGCCUCAGUGGGACCUUCCCCUUCAAUGAGGACGAGGAUAUCAACGACCAGAUCCACAACGCUGCCUUCAUGUACCCACCCAACCCCUGGAAACAGAUCUCACCUGAUGCCAUCGACCUGAUAAACAACUUGCUGCAGGUGAAGAUGAGGAAACGUUACAGUGUGGACAAAAGCCUCAGCCACUCCUACCUACAGGACUACCACACAUGGCUGGACCUGCGGGAGCUUGAGACCAAGCUAGGCGAGCGCUACAUCACCCACGAGAGUGACGACGGCCGCUGGCAGAUGUUCGCCCAUGACCACACCCUCCCCUACCCAGCCCACCUUGUGGCCCCUUCGCCUGCCACCGGCUCUGACGACGAGGCUGGGGAGGACACAGACAUGCAGGGGCUCACCGAGAGAGUCAGCAUCCUUUAAAAAGACAGCAGGACCAGAAGAAACCAUGACCCCUGAGGGUCCAGGGGACUGAGCGGACCAGAGGAGUGGAGUGGGGGGAGCGUGUGGAGGGAGCGAGGGGCUGAUGGGAGGCUGUGGAGUGGGAGGGUUGAGGGUGACCGGGUAGAGAAUCACCCCACCAUGGCCUGUCUACUAGGGAGGUGGCAUCUGGCCCAAGCCUGUCUACUGUCCUGGCCCCAUCCUUGUACCCCCUUCUAUUUGUCCAGCUUUUCAACCCUUGAUCUCUUUGGGUGCAGAAAACUGCUUGCCUGUGCCCCAGUAGGACAUGGUGGAGGUAACGGGUCAGAGGGUGUGUAGAGUAGCCACGCCUCAAUGGGUCCAUUCAGUCUGAACUGCAAUGUGACAGGCUGGCAGAGGUUCGUCUUGGUGAAACUGUAAAACUAAACUCCUGGCGAUGACACAAAACACUUUCCCCAUCUCCGAAGCAUGGCGUAGCACAGAGGACCACCCACACUCUUCUUGGGAUGAAAAGAGAAAGGGAGAGAGUGCGCAGUCAGCCGGCAAGGCACGGAGUUAGAUAGAGGGACCAACAUGCAUAACUUACAGCCAUGAAUGAAUCCUAAUCCCAACAUUUAGAUUUCCGUAGGAUGUAAUGAAUGGAAGUGCCCUGUCUCUGCAAUGCAGCCCUUAGAGAACAAAACACCCCGGGUCUGUAAUACAUAGAUAAAGGUCUUAUAACGGUGAGAUGCCGACCAGCGCAAGUUGGAUGCCAUCGUCUCCAUGGUGUCUAAUGAACCAAGCUGCUGUCUUCAAAAGCUAAAACCUCAGUUCACACAAUGGAUGUAGCAUCUGUCGAUUAGCCUUUUAAACGGCAUCCUUUACUGAAGACUCAAAUCCUAAUGAAGACCCAUCAUGGACUUCCUUGUGAUAAUUUGUUCCAACUGUUGUCUACAUUUUUCAUGUUUUUGUUGAGAAUCAAAUGCUUUGCCAUGGUGAUUUGAGGGUUUCUGAGACCUGUAGACAUAAAACUGUUACAAUAUGAGCAUUUUGUAGUUUGUCAGGGCCUCUAUCAAAUGUCAAUCAGUUUGGCAAAUGCUAUUGCUGUUGUAGUUACAAUAGACAGACAGCUGUCUAUCCUCCGAGUCAGUGCUAAUGUGUGGGAUGGCUAUGAUUAUAAUAGUUUCAAUUAGAAAAUGUAAAGAACAUAGUUAAGAAGACUUUCAUUAUGUACAUGUAUAUCCAUCUCUGCAUGCUUGUGGAGUUUAAGUCUACAGUAUGGAAGCAAAUGGCAUUUAUAUGUACCUUUGCAUAAAGUUUUUCAUUCAUGUC